AUCUCCAAGUAUUCUGCUGGAUGCAUCUAUUACUAUCCAUCUUUCCAUCGUAGCCAUAAUCCCGUUCAGGCUGAAAAGUUGCAAAAAGACCUUAAACGAUACCUUACAAGAAAGAUUGGAUUUGAAGCAGUUAUGCGCAUAAGAUGUACAAAAGGUCUUUCAAUACACACUUUUCAUGGGAACUUGUUCGUACGAUCUACUGAUCUAUUGUCCCUGGCCAAUGUCAAUCCUGAUGCUGGAUUUGCAGUACAAAUGUCCAUCGAGGAAAGUCUGACCGACACAUCUCUGGUUUGUUUUCAAACAGCUCUUUUGUAUACCUCCAGCAAAGGAGAACGUCGAAUUCGAGUGCACACGCUUUGCUUGCCUGUAGUAAGUUCACUGGCUGAUGUAUACGCAGGAGCAGAUGUACAAGCAGUUGUAUGUCUCUUGGCAAACAUGGCUGUGGAUCGCUCAGUUUCCUCCAGCCUUGCCGAUGCAAGAGAUGCCUUAGUCAACGCCGUGGUAGACUCCCUGGCAGCGUACAUGUCAACUGCCUCAAACCUGCAGCAGUCCAUGCUGAUGGCACCAAACUCCCUCAAGCUCUUCCCCCUGUAUAUUUUGGCCCUUCUCAAACAGAAGGCGUUUAGAACAGGCACGAGUACGCGCUUGGACGAUCGCGUCUAUGCGAUGUGCCAGGUGAAGAGCCAGCCUCUCGUGCAUCUGAUGAAAAUGAUACACCCCAACUUGUACAGGAUAGACAAGUUGAUUGAUGAGAGUACAAUACAUGUAAAUGACAGAGUUGUUCCCCAGCCACCUCUUCAGAAACUGUCUGCAGAGAAGUUGACAAGAGAAGGAGCUUUUCUUAUGGAUUGUGGUUCAAUUUUUUACAUUUGGAUUGGGAGAAACUGUGAUAACAACUUCAUAAAAGAUGUCCUUGGGUACCCCAACUAUGCAUCAGUACCACAGAAAAUGACGCAGCUUCCUGAGGUGGAUGCACUUUCUUCCGAAAGGACACGAUCCUUUUUAUCUUGGCUACAAGACAACAGAACUCUAAGUCCAAUUCUUCAAGUAAUAAAAGAUGAGAACCCUGCCAAAACAGAUUUUUUCCAGCAUUUAAUUGAGGAUCGGACAGAAGCAGCUUUCUCGUAUUAUGAAUUCUUACUUAAUAUUCAGCAGCAGGUUUGCAAGUGAGCAAGGAGUAAAUAGAAGAAAAAUCAGAUAAAGCGUGGGCCGAGAGAAGCGUGUGGGAAGUUAACGAAAGCGGAUGCUUGUUCUUCACAAUAUACAGUGACCAGCCCUGUUUUGGAAGCUUUGCAGCUAAAGAAGUAUACGUUUCCAAACGAAUUUUGCAGAUUUACUUCAGUCUAAAAGCGCUAGGAGUGAUGAAGCUGUCUCACUAGUAGCCUGUGAUCUGGUCUCUACGCGUUUCCAGUCGUGCGGCGGUAUGGUGCUCUUUGUUGCAAGCUGGUGAAUUUAUGUAGCUGUGUGGGAUGGUAUUUCUUAACGAACUGUACAAUUAGGUAAAGCCUUUUUUCGUACCUUUAUUACAGUAGCCCUUCCAGAUCGAAACCCUUAACAGAGAUGACCAAGGGCGGUGAUGGCUGCUGGAUCUUUAUAUGAGUUUCUUUUUAAAAGGAGUGAUCCCUGUUUACUAAAGACUUCAGCGAAUUCCCCGUGAAAGUUGUAGAGUUUCAGUAAAGUACACCAAUUGUAGAAAUAAAAUACAGAAUGUACAUAAGUGUUACAUUUGUAAAGAAAAUGUAAAAAAUGUACCUAAAAAAAAAAAGGCAAGACUUAGCUCAGUGUGCAGAGUGGUGGGGUGCUCAAUGAUGAAUUGUUUUGUCCCAGGCUAGACAAUGACGUUGGCUAUUAAAACCUGCUUCAAAA